AAGGAAGUAAAUGUUCUCGUUAGUAAUGAUGGUGUAGUUAUAGCAGGACAUGGUAGUUGAAAGUUCAUUGGAUCAACCAUUGUCCUUCAAUGUCUUCUCAUAUAUAUACAUUAUUAAAUGCUUUCCCUCCAUAUCUCAGGCACCAGGAAAAAAGGUUACAGCCCAAGCAUUAAUCUCAUCUGCUAUGGUAUGGAAAUUGCUCUACUCGGUUCAGGAUGCUCGAGAUCCCUCUCGCAAGUCCUAUAUUGCUAUUGAGAAACUGAUGUGCUCAUAUAUGUUCACCUUCUUCGCCGCCCAGGCGUGGAGACAGGGAAGGCUGGCAGGGCCCUCGCCCCUCCAAGAAAAAGUUUGUAAUGUCUAUGUAUGUAUAAAUAAUUAUAAGCGCUAAAAAAAUAUAGUGAAAUUCUAAGUCUUGUCCCCCCAAAAUAAAUUACUUAAGCAUCCCCCCAACAUGCCAUUUUUUGCUCUGCCAUUGCCACUGCCUGGCUAGCAUGGAUGUAACAUGGGGGUGGAACGCCCAACCUUCAUGUACCUCUUGGUAUGGAUAUCUGGGCCGAUCUAAUGUCGGUUUUCUCCCCUGGGGGAGUGGAUUAAGCCUAUCAGAAUUCCGGAUGUACAUAAAGAAAUGUAAACAACUUUUAUUUGAAAAAGUAACCCCGAAUAUUUGGGGACCCCAUUCAAUUUGAUGAAGACUCUUAUGAGAACUCAAUAUCCACUGUUUUUG